CCUUCAAUUUUUCGUUUCACUGAUCUGGCAAUGUGGUCUCGCACUGCAGCUAAUUUAUUGCAAUCUCAAAAAAAAAAUGUUUUUCUUGUGCAGUGGAAGCAACAACAAUUGGUGACCAGGGAUCAUAUGAUUGUCUGCUAACAGCGCCCUAACAAAUGUUCAGUUAUUGAAAAGCCAAAAAAAAAAAGAAAUUAAAAUGCCUUUAGAGUGGAGUCGCGAAAAUAGCAAAAAAUUAAUAAAUUUGUUAGUACAGCAAGAAUGCCUGUGGGACGUAAGUAGUCCUACCUACCAUGACCGCGUAAAGAGGGAAAAUGCAUUUAAAUCAAUUCUAAACAAAAUGAAGCAGAAUUUGGAUAAUAUAAGGAUUUCGGACAUCAAAAAUAAGAUACUAAGCUUAAGAUCUCAGUAUAGAAAAGAAUUGCGGGCUAUAAAUGCUAGCCGGCGGAGUGGAGUUGGAAAUGAAGACAUUAGACAUCCGAAAUUAUGGUGCUUUGAUGAGUUGGAUUUUCUGCGUCCUUCAAUUUAUAAAAGGCAAAGCACUUACAAUAUUCCUAAAAGAAAAAAACCUGAAACCCAUAAAAUAACUUAUGAAAGCAAUGAGGAGGAUGACGAAAGUUUUUCGGAACCUAGCACAUCAAGUAAAGCUUCAUUACAACAAUCAAAACGAGCAAGAACCGACAUCGAAAAAGGAUUUUCAAAUCUAACUCAGGUGAUAGAGAAGCAAAGUGAAAGGAAAUAUGAAUGGCUUGGAGAACAAGUGGUUUCAAUUUUGAAUGAGAUGGCGAAUCAAGAGGUUAUUGAAGAAGCUAUUAUGGUUAUUCAAAGAAAUAUAAUGGAUUUUAAAAUUAAAGAUCGCACUUUUGGCCAACAGCCAAACGUGCAAGAACAUUAUGAAAAAUUUGAGUAAACAAACCUGUGCAACCACAUAACUUACUAGCGGAAUCUUUUAGAGGCUUGAUUGAUGAUUAAAGAAAAAGGAGCAAGUAAAGAUUAACAGCCGUUGAAGUCGAAAAAAAGAAAAAGUGUACGUGUCCGCCGUUUUUGCUGAUUUAAUGGUAUACUUUUUUUUUUUUGAGCAAAUUAAUAUAGGUGCUGCUUAUAUUUCGAAAACUAUUGAGCCGAUUUUCGAAACAUGAAUAUGGUUGGCAAGAUAAUUGAAAGACUUUUCAUUUGAUAUGUAUAUCUAUACAUUUAACUAUGGGCAUAUCACUAGAACUUUUGAUUUUGGACAUUUAAAAAAAUAAGUCGUGGAACAUUCAUCUAACCGAUUUCACCUUAUAUUUUAAAACUUAAAACAUAUGAAAAAAAAUAAUAAUAGACAAAAUAUAUUUUCAA